CGCGGGCCGGCAGGUGCGGCUGCAGGGACUGUGGUCCCCGGGUUCGCGGCUCGGGCCGGCGGGGCAAGGCAAGGCCUGGGCUCCAGGGACGCCGGCCUCUGUGGUAGGAUGGCUCGGGGCGAGCGGCGGCGCCGCGUCGCGCCGGCGGAGGGGAAGCGCCCCGCCGAGAGGGCGGCCCGGGGUGUCCCCGAGCGGCGGGGCGGCGGGGCCCCGGGCACCCCAGGGCGAGCGGCCCUGGCCAUCGUGGUCCUGCUUUUGGCCCUGGGACUGUCGGGGCGCUGGAUGCUGGCGUGGUACCGCAUGCGACGGGCGGUCACGCUGCACUCCGCACCCCCAGCGCUGCCCCCUGACUCCUCCAGCCCCGCCGUAGCCCCGGACCUCUUCUGGGGCACCUACCGCCCACAGGUUUACUUCGGCAUGAAGACUCGCAGUUCGCAACCGCUGCUUACCGGUAACCGGGUCCGGGGCGGAUGGGGCAGCACGCGGCUGGACGCUACCUGGGGGCACCCCAACUUCAUGCCAGAGCAAGAUCGGGGCGGAAGGGAUCAGGAGAGUUUAGGAAGAGGGAUGAGACUCCCAGGGGCAGGCCCCUGUUCCUUGACUUAUGUGGCCGUUCUACCCCUAGGACUGAUGUGGGCGCAGCAGGGCGCCACCCCAGGGACCCCUAAGCUCAGGCACACCUGUGAGCAGGGGGACGGCGUGGGUCCCUAUGGCUGGGAGUUCCACGACGGCCUCUCCUUCGGGCGGCAGCACAUCCAGGAUGGGGCUUUAAGGCUCACCACUGAGUUCGUCAAGAGGCCCGGGGGUCAGCACGGAGGGGACUGGAGCUGGAGAGUGACUGUAGAGCCUCAGGCUUCAGGCACCUCUGCCCUCCCUUUGGUCUCCCUGUUCUUCUAUGUGGUGACAGAUGGCAAGGAAGUCCUUGUCCCAGAGGUCGGGGCCAAGGGCAUGUUGAAGUUCAUCAGUGGGCACACCAGUGAACUUGGUGACUUUCGGGUUACACUUCUGCCACCAACCAGUCCAGGGGACAGCACCUCCAAGCAUGGCAGCUACAAUGUCUUCUGGUCCUCCAACCCAGGACUGCCUCUGCUGACGGAGCUGGUGAAGACUCGCCUGAACGGCUGGUUUCAGCAUCGGCCCCCGGGGGCCCCACCUGAACGCUACCUGGGCUUGCCGGGUACUCUGAAGUGGGAAGAUAGAGGCCCAAGGGGGCAAGGGCAGGGACAGGGUCAGUUCUUGAUUCAGCAGGUGACGCUGCAAGUCCCCUUUUCUGUGGAGUUUGUGUUUGAGUCAGGCAGCGCUCGGGCAGCAGGGACGCCAGCCCCAGAGAGGCUGGCAGGCAGCUUGCUGACCCAGGCCCUGGAGGACCAUGCGGAAGCCUUCAGCAAGCGCUUUGAAAAGACCUUCCGGCUCAAGGAGAAGGGCUUGAGCACUGGUGAACAGGCUCUGGGCCAGGCUGCCCUCAGUGGCCUCCUGGGGGGAAUCGGCUACUUCUAUGGGCAGGGCCUGGUGCUGCCUGACCUGGGGUCAGAAGGCUCUGAGCCGCAGGUGGAUCCCGCCCUCUUCCCUCCUGUACCCCUGUUCACAGCAGUGCCCUCCCGGUCUUUCUUCCCCAGAGGCUUCCUCUGGGAUGAGGGCUUUCACCAGCUGGUGGUCCAGCGGUGGGAUCCCCACCUUACUAGGGAAGCUCUGGGCCAUUGGCUGGGGCUGCUCAAUGCCGAUGGCUGGAUCGGUCGGGAGCAGAUCCUCGGGGAGGAGGCCCGAGCCCGGGUGCCCCCAGAGUUCCUGGUGCAGCGGGCAGCCCAUGCCAACCCCCCAACCCUGCUCUUGCCUGUCGCCCGCAUGCUCUCCAGUGGUGACCCAGCUGACCUGGCCUUCCUUCAGAGUGCCUUUCCCCGCCUGCGGGCCUGGUUCUCCUGGUUGCGGCAGAGCCAGGCUGGACCAGUGCCACUCUCGUACCGCUGGCGGGGCCGGGACUCAGCCCUGCCCACCCUGCUGAACCCCAAGACACUGCCCUCGGGGCUGGACGACUACCCCAGAGCCUCACACCCCUCUGCAGCUGAGCGGCACCUGGACCUGCGGUGUUGGGUGGCGCUGGGUGCCCGUGUGCUGGCCCAGCUGGCAGAGCAGCUAGGGGAGGUAGAGGCAGCCACUGAGCUGGGCCCACUGGCUGUUGAGCUGGAGGCGGAAGACAGCCUGAAUGAGCUGCACUGGGCCCCAGAGCUGGGCGUCUUUGCGGACUUUGGGAACCACACAAAAGAUGUACAGCUCAAGCCUAGACCCCCUCAGGGAAUGGUUCGUGUAGUGGGUCGGUCCCAGCCUCACUUGCAGUAUGUGGAUGCCCUGGGCUAUGUCACUCUUUUCCCCUUGCUGCUGCGACUGCUGGACCCUAGGUCAUCCCACCUUGGGCCCCUGCUGGAUGUUGUAGCUGACAGCCGCCACCUCUGGAGCCCCUUCGGCUUGCGCUCCUUGGCGGCCUCCAGCUCCUUUUACGGACAGCGGAAUUCAGAGCAUGACCCGCCCUACUGGCGGGGGGCUGUGUGGCUCAACAUCAACUAUCUGGCCUUAGGAGCACUCCACCACUAUGGGCAACUGGAGGGUCCGCACCAGGCCAGGGCUGCCAAGCUUCACAGUGAGCUCCGUGCCAACGUGGUGGGCAAUGUGUGGCGGCAGUAUCAGGCUACGGGUUUCCUGUGGGAACAGUACAGUGACCGGGAUGGCCGGGGCAUGGGCUGCCGCCCUUUCCAGGGCUGGACUAGCCUUGUCUUGCUGAUCAUGGCUGAAGACUACUGAAAGGAGUUGAGGGAUGUGGGGGGGAGCCCAGACCCCUUGUGCCACUCUGGAGUCUAGAGGGACAUGGUCUCUGACUCUGCUCCCACCACCCCCUGGACACCAGAACUCCAACUUCCCUCAGUUCAUCUCAGGUGUCUACUACCAUUCCAUACAGCCCUGGGGUGAAUGUGAAUCCAGAGUCUAUUUUUCUAAAUAAAUCAGUAAAGACA